AGAGCUGCUCCGUGCUGCACCGGGAGGAGGACAGAGUUUGAGGCGGCAGAUCGGUGACUGCGCGUCGGGGUGGAAACUAACGGACGACCGCUGACAACUCCCGGAUCUAGUGAUUCUUACUUGGUUGAUUUCUCUUUUUCUUCAUCUUGUCAUCGCCAUCCCCAUCCCCACCCUCAAAGCCUCCCCAUCACUGAGAGAGAGGAUGCUCCUACAGCUCUCGGUGCUUCAUCCAUUCACGGAGUAGAAGUGACCCCCAGUCCGAGCGGAGGAGAAGGAUCCCCCGGGUUGAUGCGCAACGCUGGUCACGACUGUAAAACUGGACAGACCCUGACAGGAGGAUUGGAGGAAUAAUACCCCUUUCUGUCCGGCUGGAUUGUUUGAUUUGAUUUCAGGUCUUUUUCUCUCCAGGCGUGGAUUGUUAAUUCGGGAUUUUUCGGCUUUGGCGCGGCUCCGCCUGUACCGAGGAGGAGCGGAGCCUUUAAGCCGGGCUGGAGCGCUCUGAGCUGGGGAACCGCGCAGCUCACACCCGGUCCAGAGUGGGCGGAGACAUGGCGGCGCCCAGGUGGACGGUCCUGCUGUUCCUGGCGGUCAUCUUGUUCGUCUCCUGCAGUGCUGCACCCACUGACAUCUUGUAUCGGGUUCCUGAGGAGCAGCCGCCCAACACGCUGAUCGGCAGCCUGGCGGCGGACCAAGGCCUGCCCGACAGCGGCCACCUCUACAAGCUGGAGGUAGGCGCGCCGUACCUAAGAGUGGACGGAAAAACCGGCGACAUAUACACAACGGAGGUCUCCAUCGACCGUGAGACGCUAAGAGACUGCCGCAAUUUGUUUGAAGGCGACAAGUGCUUCCUGGAGUUUGAAGUGUCGAUCACAGACAUGGUUAAAGGCAUCGGCUCGGGACCGCGGCUGAUUGAGGGACGCAUCGAGGUGCUGGACAUCAACGACAACACGCCACAGUUCGCCUCCCCCAUCCUCACCCUCUCCAUUCCUGAGAACACGCACAUCGGCGCCCUUUUCUCCAUCCCCAUGGCCUCUGACAGGGACUCUGGCAGCAACGGCGUGGCCGAGUACUCGCUGAGCACCGGGCCGGACGCCGACCAGCUCUUCAGCCUGCAGGUCGCCGUGGACACAGACGAGAAGCUGCCUCAGCUGGUCGUGAUGGGCAAUCUGGACCGGGAGAAGAAGGACUCGUAUGACCUGAACAUCCGAGUGGUGGACGGAGGGAGGCCGGCGAGGGCGAGCAGCGCUCUGCUGCGGGUCACCGUAACAGACCAGAACGACAACGCUCCGAAGUUUGAGAGGAGUCACUACGAGGCCGAGCUGCCGGAGAACAGUCCGCUGGGACACUCUGUGCUGCAGGUCAGAGCGAAUGAUGCGGACACUGGAACCAACGGAGAGAUCGACUACAGCCUCCAUCAAGCGUCAGAGACCGUCCAGAGGCUUCUACGCAUUGACCGAUCAACCGGCAUCAUCUACGUCAAAGGUCUGGUGGACCGCGAGGAGGAGAACUUCCUCAAGUUUUUUGUUGUUGCCAAAGAUCGAGGGCCAAACUCCAAAAGCUCCAAAGUCCUGGUGACCAUCAUCAUCAAAGACCAGAAUGACAAUGCACCAGCCAUCGAAAUCCGUGGAAUCGGCUUGGUCACGCACCAGGAUGGUGUCGCCAACAUCUCUGAGGACAUGCCCAUCGGCACUCCUGUAGCCUUGGUCCAGGUCUCAGACCGCGAUGAGGGCGAAAAUGCAGUGGUGACAUGUGUGGUGGCUGGUGAUGCCCCGUUUCAGCUCAGACCUGCAAGCGAGUCAGCCAAUGAUCGCAAGAGGAAAUACUUCCUGCAGACAACUACCCUGCUGGAUUAUGAGGACGUGAAGGAUUACAGGAUUGAAAUUGUUGCUGUGGAUUCUGGGAACCCAGCUCUGUCCAGUACCAACUCCCUCAAAGUCCAGGUCACAGACAUAAAUGACAAUGCACCAAACUUUGCCCCAGCACAGCUUGAGGUGGACUUUGCUGAGGGAAACCAGCCCGGUGACAAGGUGCUGGAUGUUAUUGCGACAGAUGCAGACAGCGGCACCAAUGCAGAGCUGGUGUAUAACAUCAUUGAGUUCUCGGCCAAUAAGCUCUUUGACAUCGAUACCAACACAGGAGCGGUCCGGGUGAAGAACCUGCUGGAUCGGGAGGAGACGGAGCAGUAUAAGUUCCACGUGGCGGCGGCAGACAAGGGCGUCCCGAGUAAAACAGGCACUGCAACAGUUGUGAUCAAUGUUCUGGACCGGAACGACAAUGAUCCCAAGUUUAUGCUGAGUGGCUACAGCUUCUCUGUCAUCGAGAACAUGGCCCCUCUCAAUCCUGUAGGGGUUGUGACAGUCACUGAUGCAGAUAAGGGUGAGAACGCCAGAGUUAAUCUGUAUGUAGAGCCUGACAACGGCAAGUUUGUCAUCCAGAACGGCACAGGAACCAUCCUGUCCCACAUAUCGUUUGACCGUGAGAAGGAAAGCACAUACACCUUCCGCCUCAAGGCUGUGGAUGCCGGUGACCCACCCCGGUCUUCAUAUGUCGGUGUGACUAUCAAUGUCCUUGAUGAGAAUGACAACGCCCCCUACGUCACCAAACCAGCAAACUCCUCCUUCAAGUACAUGUCACCCUUCACUGCCACAGACACUGCUGUAGAGGUGGUGGAGGCUGAGGAUAUUGACUCUGGUCCAAACGCUGAGCUGGUCUACACAAUCGUAGGUGGUAACCCAUACGGGCUCUUCCAUAUCUCGCCCAACAGCGGGGAAAUCACACUGGCGCAGGAAUUCACUGGUAAACACAACGGCCUCCACCGCCUUGUGGUAAGGGUUAGCGAUAAAGGGAAACCUCCCCGCCACACCACGGCCCUGGUCCAUGUUUUCGUCAAUGACACCAAGUCCAAUGUCUCCCUGAUUGAGGCGCUGGUUGGACACAGCCUGUACACCCCUCUGGACAGGGACAUUGCCGGGGACCCGAACUACGCCCUGGCUCAGCGCAGCAACAUCCUGUAUGGCAGCCUUGCAGGUAUCGCUGGUGUGAUUCUGGUCAUCGUUGCUGUAGUUGUCAUCAGGCAUCGCCUACAGAAGGACACAAAGAGCGGCUACCAAGCUGGUAAGAAGGAGAGUAAGGACCUGUAUGCUCCAAAGCAAGGCCCCAAAAAUGGGAAAGGGAAAAAGAGCAAAAAGGGGAAAGUUCCCAAACCGGCGAAGCCGCUUGAAGAGGAUGAGGAGGCCAGCUUACAGAAAGGCCUCAAGUUCAACCUCAUCAACGACACUGUCAAUGACAGCCCCAGAAUCCACCUUCCCCUUAACUACCCACCAGGAAGCCCCGACCUGGGCCGCCACUACCGCUCUAACUCCCCCCUGCCCUCCAUUCAACUACAGCCUCAGUCGCCCUCCGCCUCUAAGAAGCACCAGGCCGUCCAGGACCUCCCCGCCACCAACACCUUUGUCGGAACGGGCGACAACAACUCCACAGGCUCGGACCAAUAUUCGGAUUACAGCUACAAGGCCAACCCACCCAAAUACAGCAGCAAACAGCUCCCCCACCGUCGAGUGACCUUCUCCACAGCCAAUCAGGCGCAGGAUCUGCAGGACGCGUCCCAGCACAGCUACUACGACAGCGGCCUGGAGGAGUCGGAGACCCCCAGCUCCAAGUCGUCGUCGGGGCCCCGGAUCGGGCCCCUGGCACUGCCGGAGGACCACUACGAGCGGACCACGCCCGACGGCAGCAUCGGCGAGAUGGAGCACCCGGAGAACGACCUCAGGCCUCUUCCAGACGUGGCAAUGACCGGUAACUGCACCCGCGAGUGCACCGAAUUCGGCCACUCCGAUUCCUGCUGGAUGCCCGGCCAGCCUUCCCCCAACCGCAAGGUGUCCAAGAACGCCCCCAAGCUGUCCACCUUUGUGCCUUACCAGGAGAUGGACGGGCAGGAGCAGCUGAUGGCCAACGGCAGCCCGAAGCCCAUGAUGACGGAGGAGCGCGGGACGGGCGGCGGCGGCGGAAGCAGCUCCAAAGUGGCCAACAUGCGGUUUAUGACGCCCUACAGCAGUGCCUACCCUGGGGGCGGAGACUCGACCGGUAAAGACUGUGGGCUGGAGGAGAUCCCGCUGAGCCAGGCGGUGGAGUAUCACUCAGCCACCACUCCAACCGGCCAGACCUCCAAGAGGGAGAUCUACCUGUGAGGGCUCGGCUCUCCACCUUAAAACCCCCGACCACCUCCCCCAGGCUCCCACUCAUCUCCCGUCGCUGCUCGCCACCACCUUUCCCGCCCCCACACUGCCGCCCCCUGUGCCUAUUACUCGCUGUGCCGCAGCACCGACUCCUCUUCUUCCUUUUUAUAACUGCAUCCACCGAUAAAGGCUUUAGACCCCGCCCACCUCGCCCACUGCCACCGCCUCCCCCUCUAGAAACCAAUCAAAUGUAAAAUAGAAUCAAUUCAAAUCAAUUGAAGAAAACACGCGGCUCCUGCGGCCGUGGAAGGAAUGUAAACUACACCACAUCGUUGUGAUAAUUUAAUGGGAAACUAUUUAGCUACUCACGUAUUUGAGUUGGAUUUUUGUGCGUUGCUUUAGGCUAUGUUGCUGUGUUGGAACAGAAAAAGAAAAAACACCUUCGGGGGGAGAACUUCUUGUAAAUCCUACUUAAGUAUACUGUGUAAUGCUAUCUAUCCUUAAUUCUUUUGGAUAUUUUUGUUUGGUUUUGUUUUCAUUUUUCCUCUUUCGACUCUGGAGCAUCUGGGAAAUACCUUUUUCCGCCGGCUUGCAUCAAAUCAAGCCGGCUGGUUUUUAUCAGGAACAGCUCGUCUUCAGCGUCAGACGUUUGCAGAUACGCCGCUGUUUCCCGCCCUCUGGAGCGAGAACUUUUUCGACUCUGUUCAUUUUUUGGCUGUGAGGUCCUUUUUCAGUGUACAGAGCUGUAAAUACAACAAACAGUGACAGAGGAAACUGCUGUAAGUGUGGAUCCGUGGCUGUCGUGCUGUCUGCAGAUCUUCAUGUUGCGUCGCAUUGAUGGACUGAAAACCUUCGCAUGUACAGAGAAACGACGCCGCCGGCGUUCACCGUCACACUGCAGGAACCUGGACGCUUGAGCAUCACCGACGGUGCCGAGUUAAAACACAAAACUUUAUAUGAUUUUCUUUUCUUCUCUACUAUGUCACGACACAAAUGAAUCUGGGUCCAUGAGGGGAUCGAAUCAUUUAAGGAGCAUGAAUCAAACCAGGACCGGGGAAUUCUCAAAGCUUCAGUCAGUGUUUCGGUGUUAGCUGAGUACCAUUUUUUUAUUAUUAAUGCUCUUGUCAGUAGUUUAUCAUAAAAUGAAAACGUGUGCAAUGGAAAACGUUCAGAAAAGUUUCAUAAAAAACACCAACAAUAUUUAAUUUUCCUUUCUGAGUAGUGGAAGAACUCUUGCAAAUGGAAAUUCAUGCGUUACAUGACCUAGUUUUCUCGUGUUAAACAAUCAUUGUCAUGUUUAAAGUUCUGCUCGGCAGAUUUUAUUGUAAAGUUGGAAAGAGUAGUGAAAAAAUAAGAGGAAUUAGUCAAAAAUUGAAGAAUCUUGUAAUUGUUCCCUUUUUUUUCAGGCUUAAGGUUUUUGUUCAAGCGAUACCGGUGUGAAGUUAGCUGUUUUUGUUUGUUUGUUUCCUUCUAUUUUGUUUUUUGAAGCAUUAUAUACACCAUUUAUUUAUG